AUGAAUGAAUGUUGUAUAUCAAGAGAAGAUGUUGAUAGUUACAGAAUCAGCCAAGAAAUUGAAAGACAGCUCAAAACUGACCAAAGAAAUAUGUCGAAAGAGGUGAAGCUUUUACUUCUUGGUACGGGUGAAAGUGGCAAAAGCACAUUCAUCAAGCAGAUGAGAAUUAUCCAUGGAAAGGGCUACUCAGAGGAAGAUAGAAAAGGCUUCACUAGACUUGUCUUCCAAAAUAUAUUUGUAGCAGUGCAAGCCAUGAUCGAGGCCAUGGACGUGUUAAGGAUUGCAUUCACAGAUGACAAAAAUGCAAGUUAUGCAGCCAUGAUCAUGAAUACCUCUUCAGAGACUGUGAGUAUGGAGGAAAGGUAUGCUGAGGCCAUAAAGAGCAUGUGGAGUGAUCACAGCAUGCAGCAUUGCUAUGAGCGCAGAAGAGAGUACCAACUCUCGGAUUCAGCUAAAUAUUAUCUGGAUGACAUGGACCGAAUCUCUGCUCCUCUGUACGUGCCCACGGUGCAGGAUAUUCUUCGAGUCAGAGUUCCCACUACAGGCGUCAUUGAGUACCCAUUCAAUCUCAACUCUGUAAUAUUCAGAAUGGUUGAUGUUGGAGGCCAGCGCUGUGCAAGGAAGAAGUGGAUCCACUGUUUUGAAGAUGUCACCUCUAUAAUCUACCUCGUGGCAUUAAAUGAAUAUGACCUGGUUUUGCUUGAGAGUGCCAGUGAGAAUCGUAUGCUGGAGAGCAAAGCAGUUUUUAAAACUAUCAUUACUUACCCAUGGUUCCAAAGUACAUCCAUCAUUGUCUUUUUUAACAAGACAGACCUCUUUAAGGAGAAAAUUAACAAGUCCCACCUCGCAGACUACUUUCCUGAAUAUACAGGACCCAAGAAUGAUGCAGAUCGUGCAAUGAAAUUUAUUCAGAAAAUGUUUGAAGAGAUUAAUUCUGAGGUGGGCAAACGCAUGUACUCACACUUCACCUGUGCCACUGACACAGAAAACAUCCGAUUGAUCUUUUCAGCUGUGAAAGACACCAUCAUGAGAAUCCAUCUUGAGGAGUUUUCCCUUAUUUAG